UUCUCAGUUAGGUUGACUAUAAAAGAGGUCAAUGUUCAACUCAUUUGUAAUUCCACAGAACGGCACCAAGGAGUUUCCAAGAAGACACUGGACUGGAGCCUGACGUGCUUUCUUCUCAUCAUGACUGUGAAAAUACUCCUGAUUCUCCUCACGUUAUUGACAGGUGUGUUUCCCGGGAGACCCAGAGAGAUAUUUGUCAAGGACGGUGAGAUAGUGGCGUUGUACUGCCCUCGUUACAGGGGGUAUGAUCAUGGUGAUGCCAAACUGACCUGGACCAGUUACACCACCCAGGUCAUGGAUCUGACCAACAACGUGCCAUCAGCUGAGCAGAGGCAGAUGGGCAUGCUGAUUCACGAGAGGAGCCUUGUGAUUCUUAGUGCUUCUGUAAACCAUCAGGGGAAUUACUCAUGCACUCAAAGGAAUGCCAGCGCCUGGUUCAGGCUGACAGUUGUCACAACACAGUCCAGAGAGUACAAAGAGAGGUUCCAGUACCCUGCAACACGUUACACAAAUGAGGCCUUCACAUUGCAUUGCCCUGAUGUGAACGUACCUGCUGAAAACAUCCCGAAUAUUACCAGCAAUGGCAUUAUAUGGCACAAGGAGGGCAAACCAUCGCCAGUAGACAGUUACUUCACAAGUGUGGAAGAGAAGGAUCGUGGUGUCUACACCUGUACCAGAUCUUACCUGUGUUAUGGUCGAAUACAUAACAUGACCUUUGCAGUGGUGCUAGAUAUCCAACCAAAGCACAAAUCUGGACAAUCGGUGAUAGUUUCACCCCGCAAAAGUGGUGUAUUUCAUGUAGAUUUAGGUUCACCAAAGGUGAUUGAUUGUAAAGCUGUUUUGUAUUCAGACUUUGAUGAGGUAUUCUGGUUAAGUGGGAAAUCUCUCGUGGAAACGGACAACAGCUUACCAGUUUUCUCCAAUUACACAAGAGAAAAAAAUGAUGGAGAAAUAAAUAUGACAGCAUCUCUCGUCUUUAAAAAAGUGUCAGAGGAGGAUCUAUCAAAAAAUUACACCUGUAAACUGGAAUCUGUGUCUGGACAUUCAAGCUUUGUCACCAUCAACUUGGCCCAAAAAUCUCGCCCUUCUUACCUUUCCCUGGCUCUUGGCAUUGUCGGUGUUGUAGUGGUGAUGGUUUUGACGGUAGUUAUCUAUGUGAGGUUCAAAAUUAACAUCACUCUUUUCCUAAGAGACACUAUUGGCUGCCACAGCAGCACCUCAGAUGGAAAGAGCUAUGAUGCCUUUUUGAUCUGUUACAAGAGCAGCACAGACGCAGGACUACAUGAAAAUGACAGAAAAGGGCUGGAGAGUGUUUUGGAAGAGAGGUUUGGUUACAGUCUCUGUCUUUAUGAUCGUGACAUCUUACCGGGGAAAGCAGUAGCAGAGGCAGUGCUGGACUGUAUGGAGCAGAGUCGCACAGUGGUUUUGGUUCCCUCCCAUGCAGCUCCUUGUCCAGGAUCUGGCCUGCUGAGUGUGAUUCAUGAAGCCCUUGUGGAGCGACAGGAUCAGGUUUGUUACCAGAGGCCUUACAGCUUCUUGGCGAGGCUGGACACUGUGUCACCUGGAAGGGCGAAAACUCCAUGCCGGCCUCCUCCUCCUUCUGGAAGCAGCUACGUUAUUACCUACCUUCCCCGCAGCGUGCACCAAGAACAAGGCUUUUACCUCAGACAGUUAAGCCAAGUCAGUAGUUGUUUUCCAUUUACACAGAACACCAGAUUUUUUUCUCAGUGCACAUAAAAAUUGGGAGCUAGGUGACUAUAAGGAGAUAUUCACUGUAAUGAAUUAACAACACUUACUGUACCUUUUAAUAUUGAUUGAUUGAUUGCUAGAUCGAUUGAUUUACAGAUAUUUUUAAUUUAAGUGUCAUGCCACCAAGUGGCACAGCCCACAGGGAAUCACAUGACACCAAUACAACAGUAAUUAAUUCCACAGCUUCCCUUUAAUAAAUGCAUACUACAAAUGCAUGUAUUCAAAAUGACAUUUCAGGCAAAGUCAUUUACUGACAAACUGAGCACGGUCGUACUUCAUUUUUUUAUUUAACUUUAGUGUCUUAACACUUUCAGAAUCCAAUUAGAUCUAUCGAUUAAUCCAACCCAAAAGAAGUCUUAUGUUGGAUUUGUAAUCUAAACGUACUCACAAAUCAUGAGAAUUAAAAGUCUGUCAGUUUCAAUAGCUGCACAAUCUGACCGUAAGAAACCACCUGAAAGCAAAAAAUAGUCUAAGAAGACCUUUAUAAAACACAAAACAUGAGUUUUUGUUUAGUUUAGUUUUUUAUCAACGGUUUACUACUAUCAGUGAAUAAAGGGGUUAGGCCCUUUCGGCAAAGGGUGAUGCUUAAAACACAUUGCAAUUAUAUUUUGUAUUAUUUUAUCAACAUUAUUGAUAAAAAAUCAAGGGGUCAGUCCUGAGUGGAAUGUUCUGCACACAUACAGUAAUUAAAAAUAGGACGCGUUAUAAGCUGAUUUUAAGAAAAUUCAGAUUCCCGGUUAUUCCAUUGGAUGCAUUUCUUUAUAAGAAUUUGGUGUAAAAGCUUAUUGUUUAAUAUAACAUUUUGACAUUAAUACAAUAUAACAUCUCAUGUUGACAUUAAACACAGUUAAAACACAAAUUGUGUGUGCUACUUCAACAAUAUUAUUGUUAAAGUACUUGCCAUGAUUGCAUUAUUAUGAAUUGAAUCCCUUCAAACUGAUUGAAGACCUCCUGUAUCACCCAUCGGGAUUCUUAUUUGCAAUAUUGAUCGACUCACUCCCUUACCUAUAUCUCAUAUUACUGAAUUGCCCUCAGUAAGUUUCCUUUUCAAUAUGAAAGCUGACACAAGGAACUUGUCCUGUCAGCUGCAAAGACAUACUGUAAAUAUUAAUGAAAUGGAAAAUUGCUUCUUGUUAUUGCAUUAGUGGCCUACACAUGAUCACAUUAGCCCAUACACUGACACAUCCAGAAUUUGUUCAUCUUUAUUCAUUUCCUCUAUCACUAUGUGUACUGUACCAUGAAAUGAGUUAAUGUGAUGCCCUGGGGCAAAAAUAGGUUUAAAGUGUACUUAAAUAAAGUAUAUUUUUUGCCAACGU